AUGGCGACCUCAACCCUUACCAAGGAGCAGUACCCGCCUCGGCUGUCUCAGGCAGAGCAGGACGCCCUCGUACAGACUGUGAAGGACUGGACCAUUGGCAACGGCCUGUCCGUCCGCCCGCCCGCUAACGUUGUCUCACCCGAGUCGGACCCCAAGGGCAUUCUGGCAGUCAACGUCCCCGUUACGCUCUUCCCUAGCCCGUUUCCUCGGUCGUGCUUCGAGCAGGCCAGGUCUGUUCAAAAGACUUACAACGAGCUCUACGCCGCCAUAAGCAGGGAUGAGGACUUUCUGAGCGCAAUGGUGAACGAAGUCAAGGGUGGCGACGAUUUCAUCAGCAAAUUGUGGGAUACCCAUGUUCGAGUGAAGAAGGAGGGGUACACCCAGGUAAAGAACAUCGACAGUAUUUCAAGGCAUCCUAAGACUAAUGCCGUCAAGCAACUCUCUCUGGGGUUGUUCAGAUCCGACUACCUCGUCCACCAGGACACCACGUCAGGCGAGCCCAAGCGCCAGGUCAAGCAGGUCGAGUUUAAUACCAUAGCCUCGUCCUUCGGGGGUCUCUCUUCACGGACCUCACUACUGCACAAGUUUCUCUCCGUAGCAGAGUACCCCCUUCUGGAGAGCCCCAUCGAGUCCGGCUCCCUCGAGCUGCCCGAAAACAAGAGCGUCCAGGGUCUCUCUGGCGGUAUCCGCGCCGCCUUCAACGCCUAUGGCCCUUCGGAGCUCGGCCACAAGAAGUGUGUCAUCUUCGUCGUUCAGGGCGGCGAGAGGAACAUCUUUGACCAGCGCCACCUCGAGUACGCCCUCGCUAGCUCCCCCGACGACCCCGUCCCCGUCUUCCGUAUCCCCUGCUCUGAGCUCCUGCAGCACACCGAGGUCGCCGCCACACCCAAGCGCCAGCUUUUGUACAAGCUGCCCCGGGACCCGUCCAAGGUCUUCGAGGUCGCCGUCGCCUACCUGCGGUGCUGGUACGACCCUUCCGACUACCCGGACGAGAGCGCCUGGGAGGCCCGCUACCACCUUGAAAAGUCGGCGGCCGUCAAGUGCCCGACGGUCCUGACGCAGCUCGCGGGCAGCAAGAAGAUCCAGCAGGUCCUGGCUACGCCGAGGUCGGGAUCGUCGCCUUCGGUUUUGGGCCGGUUCAUCCCCGACGACGCACCCCAGACGGCUGAGGUCUUCCAGACGUUCACCAACAUCUUUCCUAUGGAUACCUCCGAAGCCGGUCUCAAGGCUCGCAAAAUCGCCCAGGACCCCGAGCUCUGCAGGAACUACGUCCUCAAACCACAGAGGGAGGGCGGCGGCAACAACCACUACCGCGAGGACAUCCCCGAGUUCCUGAAGAAGACGCCCGAGACGCACUGGGGUUCGUACAUCCUGAUGGAGCUGAUCACCCCGCCCAAGCAGGACAAUGUCAUCCUCCGGAACGGUAACCUCGAGGAGGGCGGUGUCAUCUGCGAGCUCGGCAUUUACGGCACGGCCGUGUGGGACCAGAGCACCGGGGAGGUUGUCCACAACGAGGAUGCGGGCUACCUGCUUCGCACCAAGGGCGACACCAGCAACGAGGGUGGUGUUGCUGCUGGCUUUGGCUGCAUGGAUAGCUGUGCACUUGUCUGA